CAAGUUGGGAUUUCUUAUGUACUUGGCAUCCUUUUUUCACCUCUGUGAGGUUUUUAUAGAGUAUAAUAUUAACGAAAUAAUAAUAAUUUUAGUAAUUUGUUGAAUGAUCUUUUUGCUUUAUAACAUGCUGCAAAUGCAUGUUGAGCAUGUUAGAAAUAAUUUUUGUCAGUAAUCCUGUUCAGUUUCGCUUCGCGAGAAGCUCCACAUUCGCUCGGAAGAGCGAAAGUUUGAGACCGGAAAAAUUCCUAUUCAGGCUUCAGGAUUUCGAGCGUGGAAAAAGGGAAAAGUGAACAUCAUGCGCGGACAUGAUGUCUCGACUAAUGACCAAGAGCGGACUAAUGACAAUGAGCGUCAUCCUGAUGUAAUUGCUUCGGUGUAAUUACUGUCAUGCAGCUUGGCAUGGCUCGGCGUGGUUUUGACGUGACGUACGCAGCGUUACGGCCAGUUUACUGUCAUUGCAUUGUUCAUGUCGCUUCCUCCUAAGUUCGAAGGCUUCCCGAAGCAUGAACCGCCACAUUGCGCUGGUAAUUUUAUCAUCGAACGGUUCCGCCAGCCGUCGUCGUAUGAAUCGUGAAAUAAGGUGCAUCGGAGAGAGAGGAAGAAAGGGAGAGCAGAAAUGAGAGUAGAAAGGGAGUGGAGGAGAGAAGAGGAGGAUAGAAGGGAGGAGAAAGAACAUUCUUUCGGCAUUCUGGAGCUUGGACACCACGAAAAUAACGCUUAAUUAUCACGCCAUAUCGAUCAUUAUCGGAGAUAUCCCUUUCAGCGAUAUAUUAACGGUUACGUCGAGCUCCGAGGGAGCUUAUUACAUUCUACUGAAAAAUAUCGCAUACCUAUCGAUUUCGAAAUAUAGCUUCAAUUUCUUCAAAAAAAGCAUCGAAUUAAAUUGCGCACCUAAUUUGAUGUCAAUUCCAAUAUUUAAUUAUAAUCUUUAGACGAUAUUUCCUCCUUAAGCUGGUAUCAUUAUGUGCAAUAUCUAAUCUAGACUCCAUUGCGAAUGUUACAGGUAUAACGGCGGUCAUAAAAAUUACUUAAUGCGCUGAGGAUGCGCUCUGAUUUCUGCAACGGGGGGCUUGCCUGCGCCGUUGUGUGGGUGUUGUCAACCUGCCUACUACUCGCCCUUUCGCUGUCAUCAGUGGUCACCGCAGAGCCGUCGCUGAAAGCGGUCGGUCGAUGCCCAUCUCUUCACGAGCAGAACGUGUGCCCUUCGAGGGCCCCGGCCUGCGAGAAUGACUUUCAGUGCCAGGGCGCACCGGAGGAGCGUUGCUGCAGGACCGCUUGCGGUUUUCGAUGCGUCACCAGUGAACUGACCGGAUGCGAGCAACUAGCACUUGCAGCCGUGAGACGGUCGCGGGCCCUCGGCGCCCGGGGCCCGUCACAAUUUGUGCCGCGUUGCAACAACGUGACCGGCGAGUUCGAAAGGGUACAGUGCGACUCGGAAGGACGCGGCUGCUGGUGCGUUGACGCGAUCGGCGCGGAAGUGCCCGGCACUCGGGUACCCGGUAAAGACGCCAUCGAUUGCGACAAGCCCCGCGUAUGUCCGGCUCAUAGCUGCCGGAUGUUCUGCCCCUUGGGAUUCGAGAUCAAUCAGAGCACCGGGUGUCCUAAGUGCGAGUGCCGGGACCCCUGUCGUGGCGUCGCCUGUCCAGGGACCAGUCAGAGGUGCGAGCUGGUGGAAGUGCACUGCGCGCGUCCGCCCUGUCCGCCAGUGCCCAAUUGCCGCAAGGCCAAGUCCCUGUUGACGAUCUGUCCAGCUGGCGAGCCGUUGCGGAUCGCGGAUUCGCCGCGGCCGUUCCUCUGCGGUGACACACCAGGCAAGCCGACCUGUCCGCCGACGUACAGCUGCCUGGUGGAGCCCGAGCAGGAGUACGGAGUCUGUUGUCCGUCUAGCGUGGACCUGCAGCGUGCUGGCACGUGCCCUGUUGACCUCGCGGAGAAGGAUACUUGCGGGCCCAGCUGUCACCAUGACCUUGAGUGCCCUGGCCCGCAGAAGUGCUGCAGCAGUGGACGCUGUGGCGGUAACGUGUGCGCGAUACCUCAGGGUCUCAGCGUGUGCCAUCGCGACCGUCUGCUCGCCGAGAUGCUGAGCGUCUCCGAGCGACAAGGUCGCGGCUACGUUCCGCAGUGCACGGAAGAUGGAGCUUUCAAAGCAAGACAGUGCUCGAGGAACGGUCUGGUUUGCUGGUGCGUGGAGGACAACGGUAGGAAGAUAUCUGGCUCCAUGGGUCCCGCCGAAAAAACUGACUGUAAAUCGAUAAGCAAGGCGCGUUCACUUCCGGCGUCUUGCACUCCACAGCAAUGCGCUCAAGUUUGUCAGUACGGCUUCAAGACGGACUCUUCCGGCUGCCCGACUUGUGAAUGCGACAAUCCAUGUGAAGGAUUUCCUUGCGCGGAAGGACAAGAAUGCGUCUUAAAGCGGGAAGAUGGCUGUUCCGAUUUUCUUUGUCCAACGAAACCAGAAUGUAAACCCAGGAAGACUUAUAAGAGCCCCUGCCUCUUCGGUACACCGUUGAUGGAUCAAGACGGAAACGCCGCAACUUGCUUCACCAAUAAAACUUGUCCCGAGGGCUACAAGUGCACGAUGGUACCAAAAGCCGGUCAGUCGGUGUGUUGCAUGGAAAAGCCAGGCCUUACAAAAGCACCUACAAUGUGCGAGUACCUGCGGGACUUCAACGAGCGCAUGGAGGGCACACGGGAGAGAAUGUCCCUGGCGAUCGCGCCGCCUCAAUGCGAGCACGACGGCACGUACAGGUCUCUCCAGUGUUCACGUAACAGUACAAGUUGCAACUGCGUGAACCAUCGUGGCGUGAUCCUGAAGACCGGACUGGAACCGACCGCUACCGCCGAUUGCCAAGCUAUCAAGGAGCUUACACGCAUGUGCAAGCAUCUGUACUGCAAUCUGAUCUGCCCAUACGGCUACGAGGUGGAUGCAGCUGGCUGCGAGCAAUGUCGCUGCCACGAACCAUGUCGCGACGUCAUCUGCGACCCCAAUGAAGUCUGCACAAUGAUCGACGUGAACUGCGGCCCGGAUCGGUACUGCCCUACGGUGCCGGCAUGCUUGACCAGCAAGCCCGGUCAGUGCCCGUACCUGGUACCAAGCUCCUCGAGCUGCGAGCUUCAGUGCGGCAACGAUCAAGAGUGCUCAUCGGGCGACAAGUGUUGCUCAACCGGAUGUGGCACACAGUGCGUCGCCCCUGUGAUGGCCACGGCGUGCCAGCACGCCCGUGCGGUCGCCGAACACGCCGCCCGUGAAUCCGGCGAACCCGCCAGGCGGACCUACAUCCCCAGAUGUGAUGCUGAUGGCAGGUUUGAACCGAUACAGUGCCACAGCGGUAUGUGCUGGUGCGUGGAUGAAGAGGGCAAAGAGGUCGCGGGUACCCGGGUCCUUGAGGGAAUCGUACCGCGCUGUAGCACACCCCUCAGGUGCCCGGGAGUUAAUUGCAAACUCGAUUGCCCCAAUGGUCUCGAGCCGAACGCGGACACCGGCUGCCCGACCUGUUCCUGCCGCGACCCCUGCAAGAGCGUAACGUGCCGCGGCGAGAACGAGGCGUGCCGGAUGGUGGAAGUGGCCUGCAGCGCACCCCCAUGCCCUCCGGUGCCUGUCUGUCUGCCGAAGAAGGACAACCCGUGUCCGAACGGCACUCCGUUGUUGCAUCAGGACGGCUCGGUGGCCACUUGCGGACCACGUGGUCAUCAUUGCCCUUCCACUCACAAGUGCGAGCUGUCACCAUUGGAUGAAUAUGCGGUCUGCUGCCCGAAACCACGCGACGUUUGCUUCGAGCCACCUAGAAGGGCGCCCUGCAAUCCCAACGCGGGCUUCAACGAAACCGAGAGGUGGUACUUCGACUCGGAGCGCAACGAGUGCCGGCGCAGGCACGAAUGCACCCUCGGCCACAACGACUUCUCCAGCCAGCUGGUGUGCGAUACCGUGUGCCCGGUGUUGUCGCAGUGCGAGCGGCUGCGCGAGAAGAACCUGAAGAGGUCACAGCAGCUCAAGAAACCAAUGUUCCUGCCCAAGUGCAACCCUGACAGCGGAACCUGGGAGCCUGUGCAAUGCCUGGAGCAUGUGGGAGUGUGCUGGUGCGUGAAUCGCAAAGGCCAGUCGGUCAAGGGUUCGCUCACCAGAGGUGCCGAGCCCAAAUGCAACUUCCGGCAGGCGAGGCGAGGUGGCAGGGGGCCGCAGACCCAGGAAAUAGACCGUGAGAUUCAAGCGAUCAUGGAAGAUGCUCUGGAGACGGACGAACGACGCACGGAGAAGAUUCUCGGCACUAGGUGCCAGGUAAUGAAGGACAAGGGCCACGUACCGGCGAUAUGCGAUUCGCAGGGCAGAUUUGAGCCGAUGCAGUGUGCUGGCGGCACUUGCUGGUGCGUCGACGAGGCCGGCAAUCAACUUGUUGGGUCCGAACCAUUCCUGAAAGGAGCAAACAUUUGCUUGCCUACGCCAAUCGAAGCCGUCGAAGUGACGCUACGUUUCCCCGGUCGAUUCCUUGCCACGGACGAGACACGAUUCGCCAGAGAGGCUGAGAAUUUUCUACGCGAGCUUGGCGCGAGGCUCCGGAAAGACGUGCGAGUGGAGAUGAAUCAGGACUCAGCGAUCCUGCAUUUUGAGAUCGUCGGCGCGAACAAAGUCGAUGUGGCGUUCCAUCUCGAGGAGCUCACGCGUAUUCAGAAGCUAUAUAUGCUGGGCUCAUCAGCGGAUGCGACCACCUCGCGCUUCAUGCAUCGCUCGACCUCUGUGUCGACGCAGGGUCGAGUAGUCACAUUGCAACAGCGCGAGAUCCUCACGCAACUGGACACGCCGGUCUAUCAGACCACGGCAACGCUCGUCCUCGCGGCAGGCAGCGCCUUUGUCAUCAGCAGUCUCGUCAUUUUACUGAUAUUAUAUCGCAAAAAGAUGAAGACGAAGGAGCCCACGCGGACGCUUUCCAUGGACCAGCACUUCCUGGCGUACAGCCAGCAGCCGGUCUACGUGAUAUCGGGAACGGAACAAGACGAGAAGGAGAAAGUGGGUGCGCAACAAACGCCAGAGAACAUCCAUACGUUGGAUACCAUCGUCGAAGCGUAAAG